CUGAAUGCGUAUGUAGAUUUAGAUAGUAUCGUGUGUUGAAUGGAAUAAACUUUCAAAGUGUUGUGAAUGCAAUUUUUAAAUAGAAAAUUGAAAAAGAAUGUUGUUAAGAAACAUUAUUGAAAUAUUAAACAAUGAAUGUAUCGCAACGUGAAAAUGGUACAACGCAUCGUUUGAUUCAGGUUGUAAAAUAAGUUUUCCGCAUUGUCGUUAUAAUAUCAACAAAUGUAUGUACAAUUAUUAAGUGUGUAAAUUAUUAAUUCGAACGUUCUUACGACCACAAAGUAUUCUUUAACAUCUUUGCAACGAUGGCAGAAAGUAAACAAGAACUUGCACGAAAGAGAUACAGAAGAGAAGACGAAGGAGGGGAAAGUGUUUUGGAAACAGACGAUAGUUAUAUCCCUUAUGUACCGGUUAAGGAGCGCAAAAAGCAACAAUUAGCCAAGCUUGGUAAGCUCGGACAGUCAAAGGACGAAGCUGCUGUUGGAAUUAUUGGGAAAAGUAGUAGCGAGAAUGAAAGAGACGACGCAGACGACGACGAUGGACAAGUAUGGGGAAGAAAAUCGAAUAUUUCCUUAUUAGAUCAACACACUGAAUUGAAGAAGCUGGCAGAAGCUAAGAAAGAAAGUGCUAUGGAGAAACAAUUGAAAGAAGAAGAAAAGAUUCUAGAGAGCGUAGCGGAAAACAAGGCUUUAAUGGGCGUGGCAGAAUUAGCGAAAGGUAUUCAGUACGAAGAUCCGAUAAAAACCAGCUGGCGACCUCCGAGAACGGUUCUUGCGCUAGGAAAAGCAAGACACGAAAGAGUUAGAAGGAAGCUUAGAAUUUUGGUGGAAGGGGACGAUGUUCCACCGCCUUUAAAAAGUUUUAAAGAAAUGAAAUUUCACAGAGGGAUCUUGAGCGGUUUGGAACAAAAAGGUAUUGUCAAACCAACACCGAUUCAAGUUCAAGGAAUACCUACGGUGUUGUCUGGUCGUGAUAUGAUUGGUAUUGCCUUCACCGGUAGUGGAAAGACAUUGGUAUUCGUGUUACCUAUCAUAAUGUUCUGCAUGGAGCAAGAAGUGGCUAUGCCGUUUGUAAGAAACGAAGGACCGUAUGGUUUAAUCAUUUGUCCGUCGCGAGAAUUAGCAAAACAAACAUACGAUAUCAUUCGUCAUUAUACCAACAGUCUACGGCAAGCGAGCUGUCCUGAAAUUCGUAGCUGUUUAGCCAUUGGCGGUGUGCCUGUAUCAGAGUCUUUAGAAGUGAUCAACAAAGGUGUGCAUAUCAUGGUAGCUACUCCUGGACGAUUAAUGGAUAUGUUGGACAAAAAGAUGGUAAAACUUAGCGUAUGUCGUUACCUUUGCAUGGACGAAGCAGAUCGCAUGAUCGAUAUGGGGUUUGAAGAGGAUGUGCGAACGAUUUUCUCGUUUUUUAGGGGUCAGAGACAAACGUUGCUAUUUUCCGCGACCAUGCCAAAAAAGAUACAAAAUUUUGCUCGAUCCGCUUUAGUAAAACCAGUAACGAUAAACGUUGGUCGCGCGGGUGCUGCAUCGAUGAACGUAAUACAGGAAGUGGAAUACGUUAAGCAAGAGGCAAAGAUCGUGUAUCUAUUGGAAUGUUUACAAAAGACUCCACCACCGGUACUUAUAUUUGCCGAGAAGAAACAGGACGUGGAUGCUAUUCACGAGUAUUUAUUGCUGAAAGGUGUCGAGGCAGUGGCGAUACACGGUGGAAAAGAUCAGGAAGAGAGGUCACGUUCUGUGGAAGCGUUUCGCGAAGGUCGGAAGGAUGUGUUGGUUGCAACGGAUGUUGCAUCCAAGGGUCUUGAUUUUGCCGAUGUGCAACACGUUAUAAAUUACGAUAUGCCCGACGAUGUGGAGAAUUAUGUGCAUAGAAUCGGAAGAACUGGUAGAUCCGGGCGGACUGGAAUAGCGACUACGUUCAUUAAUAAAGCAAACGAUGAAUCGGUGUUGCUCGAUCUAAAACACUUGCUCAUGGAAGCGAAACAAAAGGUUCCACCGUUUUUGUUGGAGCUUUGCUCGGAGAACGAAAAGUAUCUAAACUUGGGAGACGAACGUGGAUGCAGCUAUUGCGGUGGUCUUGGUCACAGAAUCACAGAAUGUCCUAAACUGGAAGCUAUCCAAAACAAACAAGCAUCCAAUAUCGGGCGUCGUGAUUAUUUGGCCAGCAACGCGGCCGACUAUUAAAACAGACAU